GCUGGCCUCUUACUACAGGUACUACUACACCAGAGGUUCAUACCAUUACUGCUACUAUCGGCUACUGGAUCCGAUACACCACAUUCCUUUCACGACUUACAAUUGCCUGGCCUUUCUGUCUGCAAGUUUCAGUAUAGAUAUAGACCUGUGGAGGGAACGUACACGAUGAAGUCUACGCCAGAGAGACUUACGCUCGGGACAACCACGCCCAUAAUUCAUACAUCAUCGCCAGCUUCGACCGCUCGAGUGGCAAACUCGGCAUCCUCUUUUACCGACGACACAACUGCUCGCCAGUCAGUGGAUACCAUCAAGACCGUACGAUCGCAACAUCCAGUCAGGAAGCCGGUGCCAAAACGCGCACACAGUCCGCAAAUCCCAACGGACAACCAUUCCGAUGAAGCGGAUAGAGAGAACUAUUACGACAACAGCCCUGCGCCCACGCCGUCCCAGUUUCUAGGGGCACGCGGAAGGCCUCUAUCAUUCUACGACAUGAAAACGCAGCAGAAGCAAGCCCGCCCAGCACCCGCACCCGCACCAAUGAGCCUACGAAACUCCUGGCGCGCAAGUGGGGAGAUGCCGUUCAAUUACGCCGAUAUCAUCGGGGAUAGUAGGAACAGCGGCUACAACCCCCCCAGAAUGGGCCGCUCGUCGACCCAACCGACUCUCAGUGGGCCAAUGCCCGACGCGACGCAGAUGUACUUGGGAUUGCCGUGGACCAUGUGGAUGAACAGCGAGUUCAAGAACUUGUUCGUUGCAUCGGUUGGCGAAUGGGUUGGCACUACCCUGUUCCUGUUCUUUGCGUUUGCAGGGACGCAGGUUGCCAAUGCGCAUUCGAAGAAUCCCGAAGAAUCGACGACGACAAAUGCCACGGCAGGGUUCAGUCCUAUUGUUAUGCUUUACAUCUCGGUUGCUUUUGGGUUCAGCUUGAUGGUCAACGUUUGGAUCUUCUUUCGUAUCUCGGGGGGUUUGUUCAAUCCUGCAGCUACGCUCGGCUUAUGGGCUGUAGGCGCCGUCGCGCCAGUCCGCGCCGUAUGUCUCUGCAUAUCCCAAAUCAUAGGCAGCAUAACCGCCUCCGCGCUCGUGCUAGCCAUGUUCCCAACCCCCCUGAACGUCCGCACGACACUUUCCACAGGAACCUCGCUGGCGCAAGGCGUUUUCAUCGAAGCGCUCAUGACGGCCGAACUCGUCUUCACGAUCCUGAUGCUGGCCAAAGAAAAGCACAAAUCCACCUUCAUCGCACCCAUUGGCAUCGGGCUUGCGCUCUUCGUUGCCGAGCUCGUAGGCGUCUACUACACGGGGGGAUCGCUCAACCCGGCCCGCAGCCUCGGCCCAUGCAUCGUCACCAACAAGUACGACUCGGAGCACUGGAUCUACUGGGUGGGCCCCGGUCUGGGCAGCCUCCUCGCCGUCGGGUUCUACAAGUUCAUCAAGAUGCUCGAAUACGAAAUGGCGAACCCGGGACAGGACGGCGACGACGACAACGACCCGACCAAGAACCCAAACCACGAAGUCAGAGAGAAGCAGCGUCUCACCACGGCAAAAGUGCUGCAGUCGCUCGGGUAUCCGCACCCGGGCGACGAGCAGGGCACUGACGCUUCGCUCGAUACUAUGCGCCAGGUCGAGGAGGGCGCCUUCUAUGGGAACCGCACCGUGUCCGGGUUGAAUAUGGAUGAGCCGGAGAGGAGAGGGCCGAGUCCUGGUCCCGCGCUGUCGACCGUUGCGUCCAUGAGCGAUUUGCAGAGUCCCGUUAGGACGGAUAUGCAUUCGCCCACGAGGAGCGAUAUGCAUAGCCAGCAUAGUCCUAUGAGGCCUGGGUAUGCGAGGUCGGAGGCGACGGCGACGUCGUCGGAGAAAAAGGCCAGCGGGGCUAUUGCGUAA